CGAUUGAAGGACCCAAAUUUCAAUUCCCCAUCUUGCCAUCUGCGAUCAGCGGCGCGCGAGCGUCCCCGGCGAUCAUGAGGGAGCCGCCGGCUUGCUUCUGGCCCGGACCCGCUCCUCGGUAGGUCAACGAUGACUCAAGAGGGAGAGGCGUCGGGGUCCAGAGCCCCUGCGCUCCGCCGCGGCCGCACCUCCGCCGUCGCCGCCACGCCCACCACGACCGCGGCCCAGGUGCGCACGCCGCGGCAGUCCUCCGGCUACCAAUCGGCACAGAGAAGGAAGAGGAAGAGGAGGGCGGCUGGGAACCCGAGACGGAAGAGCGCCAGUGAGGAGCAGGAGGAGGAGGUCUCGUCUGCCGGAAGUUCUCCACUUCGCGAGCUCGACGUACCGGAUGAGAUCUAUGAUCUUAACGAUCCGGGCAUAUGGAAUGUAAUUGAUAAGGCGGAAGCAGAAAUCGAUGCAAAACUAGCUCGCCGCACGGCAUGGGCCACGCUUAAUAUGCGCAUGCUUAGAGGUAGCAUGUGCGUACUUGAUGAUCCAAAGCUUGUUCCUGACCGUGAAUCUGCAAGAAAGGCCGUGCUUAAUGCUGCUCAAUCUUUUGUUGGACUUACAUCCUCUGUUGGUGGUAAGCCGCUAGCACGAUCCUGUGGUUUCUGGGUUCAUUGGGAUGAGGAGAAAAAGAUUGGUACGGUUCUGACAACGUCACGUCUAAUUUGCACCAAGUCCCCAUCCAGCAGCUCCUGGUUAGGACAAGAAGAGUAUGCUAUUGAUGCUGAGGUUCUUGUGCACCUGCGGGGUAACACCACUGAAAAGGCCCAACUGCAGUAUCGUCAGAAGCACUAUGAUUUGGCCUUCUUCAAGGUUAAAGUAGAUCAGCCUGUCCAUAUACUUCCUUUCAAUGAUGGUGUGAAACAUGGUGACCAAGUUUUGGAGCUUGGAAGAGAUGAACAAUCAUUUCUGAGGAUAAGCCAUGGUGUGGUGAGAUACUCGAUAGAAAACUUGCUUGAAAGAUAUCAUUAUAUGCAUGUUGAUGGUGCAGAUCAACAUGCUAAGUAUGGCAAGGGAGGGCCACUCAUUGACUUUGAUGGAAAAAUUGUUGGAAUGUUCAAUGGCAACACGAGAGGCUCUUUUAUACCAUCUUCCAUUUUAGUCAAGUGCUUGCAGCUAUGGAGGAAAUUUCAGUGCAUCCCUCGGCCUCAUCUUGGAAUGAAGUUUUCGUCAAUCAAGUUUGUAGACAUUGCUCUUGCUGAGAAUAUAUUGUACAUGUGCAAUAUUGAUGAUGGCCUUAUUGUUAAAGAGGUGUCACAAGGCUCUCUCGCUGAAAGACUUGGAAUACGAGAUGGUGAUGUUAUUGGAUGUGUUGAUGGAGAACACAUCUCUACAACAGUUGAGUUAGAGAAUAUGUUGCUGGGCAAAUGCGAGGAUGAGAGUGGCAGCCUUAAUUCUAAAGUGGAUAUCGAGCUUUGGAUAUUUCACAUACGCAAGUCUCUCUGGAGAAGCAGAACAUUAAAUGUAAAUGUGUCGGAUGAUGGUGAAGUUGUCGACAAAGGAGUUCGUUGUUGUCCUUGGAAAAGGGAGCUCAGUGAAACACCAGGAUCAGUACCGUGCCCCACUUGACCGAGGGAGAACGGUGGCUUUAUUUAGGGAGUGGAGGGCAGACAUGGUUUUGGAAUCUCUUGUAUGUACCCUCAUUGUAAAUACCAGUCUAUAUAGAUGAAAAAUGAUGCAGUAGGGUAUUUUGCGUCAAAAUAAGAAGACAUGGUUUUGGAGUGGAACAUGCAAGUUUCUGCUAAAUAAAUGCCUAAUGAUUCCUUUUGCACAUUUGUGGAUGUUGGUUGAUUUGUGACACUUGAUGUAUGUCUUGUUUGAUGGAAGGGAUAAACUGAAUC